CUGCUGCCGGCUGAGGUCUAAGGCGGGGUCGAACCGGCAGGACCUUUUCUGUGUUUUCGACCUUUGGCGGUUGGGGGGCGACAGAGAGGCGGGUUCCGCCUGUCGCAGUGUGACUCCACCCGUCUGGAGCGAGGGCGCCGGGUUGAACUAUCCUGGCAACGGAAUGGGGGCGAUUGAGGCAGCCCCGGGAGAGAUUGAGGCAGCGCGGGGGAGAUUGAGGCAGCCCCGGGGAGAGGGAGGCGGUCACUGGGCAACCAGCGGAGACGCGCCGCAAGCCCCAGAGCAGACGACCAGCGCUAAGGGCACGCUAGUGCCCAGGGCCUUGACUGGGUCCUUAUCAAGUGUCCACCUACCCAUAGGGCGGGCCGAGGCCUCUCUGACUCUGACUGGUGGCCAGAGAGCUCUACGCCCAGCUCUUCCCGGCCUCUAGCGAUUGCCGGAAAGUCCCUCCCUAAGUCACGCCUAAGGCUCACAGAGAAGAGCUAGAGGGAGUCCCGGACCUGGUACUGCCCUGGGAGGCGCACUCAGCGGUUCUGAUACCAGGCCUGGUGGCAGCCCCCUCUCCCGGGUCCCUUCUCCUCUCAGCCAUGGCUCCAAAGCGUAAGACCCCAGUGCAAAGUGAGUGCCCCAAGAAGAAGAAGGGGCAGCUGGGGCCAGAGGAAGAGGACAGCUUCCACUCCACCGCAGAGGCCCUCAAAGCUGCACCUGCAGAGAAGCACAUAAUUCGCGUGGACCCCGCGUGCCCGCUCAGCCACAGUCCUGGUACCCAGGUGCACGAGGACUACGACUGCACCCUAAACCAGACCAACAUUGGCAACAACAACAACAAGUUCUACAUCAUCCAGCUGCUGGAAGGAGGUGGCCACUUCACCUGCUGGAACCGCUGGGGCCGGGUGGGAGAGGUGGGCCAGUCAAAACUCAGCCCCUUCAUGUCGCUGGAGGAUGCAAAGAAGGACUUUGAGAAGAAGUUUCGGGACAAGACCAAGAACAGCUGGGCCGAGCGGGACCAUUUUGUGGCCCACCCCGGCAAGUACACACUUAUCGAGGUGCAGGGAGAAGAUGAGGUCCAGGAAGCCGUGGUGAAGGUGGACGGAGGACCAGCGAAGACCGUGGUUCAGCGGGUGCUGCCCUGCUCCCUGGAUCCAGCCACGCAGAAGCUCAUCACCAACAUCUUCAGCAAGGACAUGUUCAAGGAUGCCAUGGCCCUCAUGAACCUGGAUGUGAAGAAGAUGCCCCUGGGAAAGCUAAGCAAGCAGCAGAUUGCGCGGGGCUUCGAGACCUUGGAGGCACUAGAGGAGGCCCUGAAAGCCCCCACCAAAAGCAGCCGCAGCCUGGAGGAACUGUCUUCCCACUUCUACACUGUCAUCCCCCACAACUUCGGCCGCAGCCGGCCCCCACCGAUCUCCAGCCUUGAGCUUCUGCAGGCCAAGAAGGACAUGUUGCUGGUGCUGGCGGACAUCGAGCUGGCCCAGGCCCUACAGGCAGACCCUGAGGAGGAGAAAAAGGUGGAGGAGGUGCCCCACCCACUGGACCGAGACUACCAGCUCCUCAAGUGCCAGCUACAACUGCUGGACUCUGGGGCACCCGAGUACAAGGUGAUACAGACCUACUUAGAGCAGACCAGCAACAACUACAGGCGCCCAGGCCUUCAGCAUGUUUGGAAAGUGAACCGAGAAGGGGAGGGAGACAGGUUCCAGGCCCACUCCAAGCUGGGUAAUCGGCGGCUGCUGUGGCAUGGCACCAACGUGGCCGUGGUGGCCGCCAUCCUCACCAGCGGGCUCCGCAUCAUGCCACACUCUGGUGGCCGCGUCGGCAGGGGCAUCUACUUUGCCUCGGAGAACAGCAAGUCAGCCGGCUAUGUUACUGGCAUGUCCUGCGGGGCCCAUCACAUCGGCUACAUGUUCCUGGGUGAGGUGGCACUGGGCCGAGAGCACCACAUCACCGUUGACAAGCCCAACUUGACGCAGCCACCCCCUGGCUUCGACAGUGUCAUCGCCCGGGGCCGCACAGAGCCUGAUCCGACUCAGGAUACGGAGCUGGAGCUGGAUGGGCAGCAAGUGGUAGUGCCCCAGGGCCAGCCUGUACCCUGCCCUGAGUUCAGCAUCUCCAGCUUCUCCCAGAGUGAGUACCUCAUCUACAGCGAGAGCCAGUGCCGCCUGCGCUAUUUGCUGGAGAUUCGACUCUGAGCUGCCCCCUGAGGCCUCAUUGGGGGGCUGGACUGCACUCUUCAAUCGUCCUGCCCUUGUCUGGUGCCCCCCACCACCCCUUCUUGCCAGGCCCUCCUGUGUAUGAAAGUGAUACACCCCCUCUCUCCUGUCCCUGUUACCCACUUGUGGCUGUGGCCCUGGAGUCUUGCCUUCUAUGGUGGUAGGCGAGAUGCAGUGCUUGGUGUGAUCACCUGGGCACAGAUGCAGCAGUCUGCCCAAGGCCAUGUGGCUAGAGCAGCACAGUAGAGUUAGGCCAGAUCCCCACGUCCACCCAGGCUGAGCAUCCAGGAGGCAGGCUCGCCUUCAGCUGUGCACAGGCAGGUUUAUUAAACAUUGUGUUCUCUCAC